CAAUUCUAGGGUUUCUACCCUCCGCCACACGCACAAUCUCCAUUUCCCUCUGCAUUAUCUUCCUCCAACUGCACCAACCAUGGCGGACAGAGGAGCCGGCGAUCGUGGCGGUUUCGGGCGCGGAUUCGGCGGGCGUGGCCGCGGCGGAGACAGAGGAGGCCGAGGACGCGGCCGCCGCCCCCGCCGCGAGAGCGAGGAGGAGAAGUGGGUGCCGGUGACGAAGCUCGGCCGCCUUGUCCGUGACGGAAAAAUCAAAUCUGUAGAGCAAAUCUACCUGCACUCCCUCCCGAUCAAGGAGUACCAAAUCGUCGACGCUCUGCUGCCCUCGCUUAAGGACGAGGUGAUGAAAAUCAUGCCGGUCCAGAAGCAGACGCGCGCCGGCCAGAGGACACGGUUCAAAGCUUUUGUGGUGGUCGGAGACGGCAAUGGACAUGUCGGUUUGGGAGUUAAGUGCUCGAAGGAAGUGGCGACGGCGAUUCGUGGAUCUAUUAUAUUGGCUAAGCUGUCGGUGAUUCCUGUAAGGAGAGGCUAUUGGGGGAACAAGAUCGGGAAGCCGCACACUGUGCCGUGCAAGGUCACCGGAAAGUGUGGCUCCGUUACCGUCCGUAUGGUUCCGGCGCCGCGUGGCGCCGGAAUUGUGGCGGCGCGUGUGCCUAAGAAGGUGCUCCAGUUCGCCGGAAUUGAGGAUGUUUUCACUUCUUCCCGUGGAUCCACGAAGACUCUUGGGAAUUUUGUUAAGGCAACUUUCGACUGCUUGUUGAAGACUUACGGGUUCCUAACCCCGGACUUUUGGAGGGAGACAAGAUUUAUCAAAUCACCGUUCCAAGAAUACACGGACUUGCUGGCGAAGCCGACUCCUAAGAUUGUUCAUGUGGUCGAUGAGGAGGCCUAAGAAGGUAUGUUUGUUAGUAGAAUGUUUUUCGAAUUUAUAGAUGAUUAUUAAAGCAAGUUCCAUUUUGUCUUUUAAGUAAGUUUGUUUUGGAUGCUUCUUUUUAUUUGUGGUUUACGAUGCAGGCAUGUUUUGACAAUAUAUGAUAUAAUUUUACGCGGCA